AGUUAGCUUUCAACGCUCACCCUGUUACCUUACAGACACUCCCAGAUCCACUUCGUUUAGAAAACCAUCAUGCCUACUAGCGCCCUCGCCCCCGUCAUGUACCAGCUGCAGGAGAGCUUCAACAACUUCGACCUAAAACACUGGGUCAGCCAGCUGGACUUUAAGACGGUGGGUCUCCUGGCAGUGGUAGUGGUGGGUGUGAUUUUCUUUCUGGACCUGUUCACCAAGUCCUACGCUCCCUAUGGCAGGAGUCUCUUGGUCUCCGCUGCUCAAACCUGGGACAACAGGGAUCAGCUGGGACUUAACGAUGCCGUCCGUGGAAGUCGUUCGCUGGAGCCAUUGUCUAAUGUCCUGGACGCCCUGGCUGAGGCGGUGUUGAAGUGGGAAGAGCCUGAAGCCAGCGCCGUCAAGAACCGUGCACUUUGAAAUAUUGGAUUAAGUUUUUUACUGUACCCUGAUGGUGACAACGAAGGAGAAAGAAGAACUCGAGGACGUCUCCGCCUGUAGUCGUAAACUAUGAAGCUGGUUUUGACUACAAUGGCGUAGGCAGUGAAGAAGAAAGACGUGUUAGAAUCAGGAGUCACAGCUAUACUCAGGUCACUCUGUAUUAUAAGCCGUUGUUGUUACAUCGUGAAUCACAACCCUUUGUUAAAUGUUUGUUCUCUAACUCAUUAUUUGUAUUGUUAAUAAUUUAUUAUGUAAAAAAAUACAUUUCCUAUCAAAGA